AAUUCAGUGAUAUUUAGAUCUGAAGCCAAUACCUACUCAAAUUUUUAGAUGAUUCUCUGGGAUCAAAAGAUAGAUUUAUUUAAGUACAGUGUAUUUGUCACUGUUUGGACAAAAAGGUUUUGUUUGCAUGUAUUUAGAUAUUUUUUUGUUCCAUUAUGUUAGGUGGUGUUUCACCAUUGGAGUUUACAGUUGUUUUGAUUUACAUCCUUCUUGGGUAAAUCUAUUGGCCAUUGUUGUCAGAGUAUAUAUCAAGAGUUUUACAAAGAAGAAAGUAGCAGUGAUUGGAGCAGUCUAUAUAAGCUUCAAAACCUUAUCAACAGAAGCAAUGUAUCUGGAGCUGAGCAAGUGACCAAAGAUUUAAGGUCACACAUGGGGUACAUCAUGGAUGUAAUGAGUGGGUAUGUUGUUGCUGCCUUCUUGACUUUACACAAUAUGAAAGAUAUGCAGGACAAACCCGCUAGCUUGCCAGUGUUCUCCCUCAUGGAUGAAAAUCAAAAGAAAAACUGGAUUUAUGAACAAGCUGAUUUCGUUAUGGACUGUUUAGGUGUCAAAAAUACCAAUCAUAUCGAAGAACUGAGAGAAAAUAUUAAGCAGUUAGAUAUAGACUGUCAAAAACUUUGCGAAAUGAAAGAUGAAACUGAUUUUCAAUGUGCAUUAUGUGGAAAACACUAUUUAACUGAAGGUCACUUUAGGAAUCAUCUUAAAAAGAAACACCAAUUUCAAUUCCAUGAGUGCACAACUCCAAAAACAUCCGACAGUGUUGUUUCCAGUUUCCUGAAGUUGGCUUUAUUGCUACAUGACACCUGUGAUGCCUACCGAAUAGGGGAUGGCGAACGCUGCUUGCGGAAUUCAAAAUUUGAAUACCUGUAUGCAGGUGCACUUGGGCAUACCAAAUACAAACUAUGGCUUUGGAGAUAUAUUGCCUAUAUUGCUGCCAUACUCAGCCCAAGAGAAAGUUUUGAGUACAAGUGGAAUAUAUGUCAAAAUUUAAUGGGAGGAGUAGACCAAAAUAUACCAAACGAUAAUUGUGUGGAACUCCAGAUCAAAAAGAUAAAAACUCAGCUCAAUACACAGGGCGCUAAUAAGUCGUUUAAUUCAGCCAAGGUAGUGACAAUGUCUACGCAAGUUAUUGAUACUAUGGAAAAAAAACUUAUGCAAGUAAAUAAUACAGUGAAGGCUGGAAGGAAAAGACCGGAGGUGGACAAAUCCACUGAUAUUACCCGAAUUGCCGAGUGUUUGCUAAGAAAUGGACACAGCGUCAUAAAAGAUUGGCCAUCAUUCAGUAAAUUUAAAGACCCACUUUCAAAGCUUGAUCCCAAGGCAAUGCAUCAUUGGAUAGGGAUGCAAAAAAAAAUUGCUUCAAAAUCACUACAGUGACACAUGUACUCUGGU